AUGUCUUCCCUUUUAGAUGCGGUACUCAACUCGGACGCCGCUCCCACUCCUUCGAGCGACCCCGGCAACGCAAGACGACCCCAACAGAUUCGCUCUUCAUCUGCGAGACCCCGCGGCCCUCCCUCUACCCCCGGCGCCUACAGCGAUAUCGAGGCUAAUCAAGAGGAUGCUGUUCCAAACAGACUGCCUGGAAGACGGGCGAAUCAGCCCCGCACAGAUAUUCCCAAGGUGGUGGACGUCACAGGCGAAACGCUCUCCUUGCGAUUUCAAGAAUUCCUCGAGAACUACACAGAAGACCCCUCCUCAUCGGCUUUGCCCACAUCAAGCGCCCUUCCUACCACCGAUAAGUACUAUAUUGCCCAAGUACGGGGUAUGAGGCUCUAUGGCCUGUCCACUCUAUACGUAGACUACACACAUCUUCUCCGCCAUGAAGAUGGGAUCCUCGCGGCUGCCAUUGCCAGCGAAUACUACCGCUUUUUGCCAUACAUGGUCCGCGCCCUACACAACCUCAUCGCAAAGUAUGAGCCCAAAUACUUUCGCCAGCACAAACAGCCCGCCUCGACAGCCUCGGCUGCGGGUACUUCAGAAGCCAAUGCAACAAGCCAAAACGACAGUCUCAAUGAGAAGACAUCAAAUCAGCAGACAGAUAAGCUCUUUACAUUGGCUUUUUACAAUCUACCCCUUGUCUCACGCAUUCGCCAAUUACGCACCACAUCCAUUGGCAGCUUGCUAUCCAUAUCUGGUACCGUGACUCGGACGUCGGAAGUCCGACCGGAAUUGUCAAUGGCAACCUUUGUGUGCGAAAUCUGCAACACUGUAUUGCCGAAUAUCGAGCAGACGUUCAAAUACACGGAGCCAACGCAGUGUCCCAAUGCAACCUGCAUGAAUAGGGAAGGAUGGAGACUUGACAUCAGACAGUCGACUUUUGUUGAUUGGCAAAAGGUGCGGAUUCAGGAGAACAGCUCGGAGAUCCCGACGGGUAGCAUGCCCAGAACAAUGGACGUCAUCUUGCGGGGAGAAAUGGUCGAUCGCGCAAAGGCUGGGGAGAAGUGUAUCUUCACGGGUACCGUGAUUGUCAUUCCUGAUGUUAGUCAGUUCCGUGUGCCGGGUGUGCGGCCACAGGCUAUGCGGGAUACAUCAAACGCCACGCGUGGCAACGAUGUGGGAGGCUCGGGUGUCAGUGGUCUCAAAGCACUUGGUGUUCGCGAUCUCACCUACCGAAUGUCCUUUCUCGCAUGCAUGGUCUCCCCUGAUCAUUCCACUCCGGGACAGUCUUCGAACCAUCACCUGAACGGCCAAGCUGGUAACAUUCUUGCCUCUCUUGGACAAGGCCAAAUCGAGUCCAAUGCAACAAGCGGCGAAGAGGCCCAGGAAGAGUAUCUGGGCACGCUCACCGCGGCGGAAAUCCAAGAUUUGAAAGACAUGGUGCACAAGCCAAAUAUCUUCAUGCGACUGGUCGACUCGAUAGCGCCUACUGUCUAUGGUCACCAGGUCAUUAAAAAGGGUCUUUUACUUCAGCUUAUGGGCGGUGUGUCAAAAGAGACUCAAGAAGGCAUGUCGUUGCGUGGUGACAUCAACAUUUGUAUUGUCGGCGACCCUUCCACGUCCAAGUCACAGUUCUUAAAGUACAUUUGCAGUUUUUUGCCUCGCGCAGUUUACACAUCUGGUAAGGCGUCUUCGGCUGCUGGUCUUACAGCGGCUGUCGUCAAAGAUGAGGAGACUGGAGAGUUCACCAUCGAGGCUGGAGCGCUCAUGCUGGCUGACAAUGGAAUCUGCGCCAUUGACGAGUUCGACAAGAUGGACAUUGCCGAUCAGGUUGCCAUUCACGAAGCCAUGGAACAGCAGACCAUCUCCAUCGCAAAGGCCGGUAUCCAAGCCACGCUCAACGCCCGUACCUCGAUCCUCGCCGCCGCCAACCCUGUCGGUGGCCGGUACAACCGCAAGACCACGCUCCGCGCCAACGUCAACAUGUCCGCGCCCAUCAUGUCCCGCUUCGACCUCUUCUUCGUCGUCCUAGACGAGUGCGACGAAUCCGUCGACCGCCACCUAGCCGAGCACAUUGUCGGCCUCCACCAACACCGCGACGAAGCCAUUGACCCGGAAUUCAACACGGAGCAACUCCAACGCUACAUCCGCUUCGCCCGCACCUUUCGCCCCGAAUUCACAGACGAGGCGCGCGUGACGCUCGUGGAGAAGUACAAGGAACUCCGCGCCGACGACGCCCAGGGCGGCAUCGGCCGCAAUAGUUACCGCAUCACCGUUCGCCAACUCGAGAGCAUGAUUCGCCUGUCUGAGGCUAUUGCAAAGGCUAAUUGCGUCACCGAUAUCACACCAGACUUUGUCCGCGAGGCUUACAAUCUCCUUCGCCAAUCCAUCAUCUCCGUCGAAAAAGACGACGUCGAAGUCGAAGACGACGACGACGAAGAAGCCGCUCUCCUUGCCGCCGCCGCGGCUGCAGAAGCCCAAAAUGCUGACGCUGAUGCCCCCAUGGCAGACGACCAGCACGAUCCUGCUGCUGCUUCUGCAACCAGAGAAGCCUCCGCCCCGCCGCCCCGCGAAAAAACCAAAAUCACACACGACAAGUACGUUGCCAUGCGCAACCUGUUUGUCAAGCGCGUCAAUGCCGAUCAAGAGGAGACGCAGGACGGCGUGGACGAGGAAGAGCUGCUGGUUUGGUAUCUCGAGCAAAAGGAGGGCGAGAUGGAGACGCAGGAGGAUUUUGAGCGUGAGCGGGCGUUGGCGAGGAAGGUGUUGCGGAAGGUUGUUAAGGAACAAUAUCUCAUGCUUAUUCGCGGCGAAGGGCUUGCAGACGAGGCUGGCGACACCCAGGGCCAGGCCAAGGCGGUGUACGUACUCCAUCCGAACUGUCCGGUUGAGGAUCUUGUGUAG